GGGAGGCUGGAGGUUUUUCACAGCGGCUCAUGGGGGACAGUGUGUGAUGACUCCUGGGAUAUUAAAGAUGCUCAUGUGGUGUGCAGAGAGCUGCAGUGUGGAGUGGCCCUCAGUAACCAGCCGGUACCAGCCUGGUUUGGUCCUGGUUCUGGACCCAUAUGGCUGGAUGAGGUGGAGUGUGAGGGGAAUGAGACGUCCCUGUGGAGCUGCUCUUCUCCAGGCUGGGGAAAACAUGACUGUCAACACAAGGAGGAUGUAGGAGUCGUGUGCUCAGACUUUAAAGAGAUCAGAUUUACUGAGGGCUGUAAAGGGAAUGUGGAGGUUUUCUACAAUGGAUCCUGGGGUAAUGUGUGCUGGAACCAGAUGGAUAGAGACACAGCGAGUCUGAUCUGUCAAGAGCUGAACUGUGGAAGAUCUGGUGAUUUGUCUGCUUCUAUAGCAAGAGUGAAAUCAGCUCCUAACUGGCUGGAUAAAGUUACAUGUCGACCACAUGAUUCAUAUCUGUGGCAGUGUCCAUCUUCACCGUGGGGACAGAAUGACUGUGGUGACGAUGAAGUGGCCAAAAUCACCUGCUCAGAUCUGCCACUUUUUGCCAGACCCAUGAUCACUCCUACCUCGCCAAACACGGCCACUGAGCACCAUUUCGCAUUAUCGCCAACAGCUGCUCUUCUCACCAAGCCACAUGUUUUGGCCAAUAGACCGUGCAAAGCCCCGAGCUCACAUCGCUCGAUACCACAAUUGUCCCGCUCAAGACCAGGCUCUCCUUGA